CUUGAUAAAUUUCUCAUUUCACAUUAUUCUUUUGCUUGUGAGAGACCUUUCACUCUUUCUACUGAUAAAGAAGAGCUAGAAAACUAUGACGAUCUUUAACUGGGUGCAAAGAAAGCUGCACCACAAUGUCAUCAAAGAAAUAGACGGUGUGACGAAAAACGAGAAGAAUAAGAGAAGUGAAGGAACUAGUGAGAUAGAGAAGAACACGAAAGCUAUAUUGGAUCAAGUUGGGUUAGUGGAUGCUCUUGAUAAUUGGUUCGAUGGAGUUCUCACCAUCGGCACAUUUGGUUUCGACACCUUAAACUUUCAAGAAGAAGAUGAAAAAGAUGAUGAUGAAUGUGGGAGUGUGGAUCUCGACUAUGUCGUAAUCGAUGGUAGCAUCAUCAAGAACGUCGACCAGGAAGUGGAUCCUCUUAUCUCCGAUGACAAUAAGUUUUAUGAUCAUCAUGAAGAUGUAAUUGAGCUAUUGGAUACUGAUCACUUUGGCUCGAUCAAAACCACUGAAACGCCAGUUGUAGCGGUGGCGGUCGAAGCCGAGAUAGUCCCACAGAAGAAGAGGACAACACUUGCGGAGCUAUUCAUGGAGGAUAGAGACAAAGACGAUGACAAGGGGGAAGGCAAGAAAUCCAAGAACCCUAAUCUUGUCGACGAUGAGGUUAAAUAUCCUAAACAAAACGGGUCAAAGCUAAGUAGGAAGUUCUCCCUUGUUAAAAAGAAGCUGGUCAUGUCAAAGUCGAAAGAUAAAGAAAAAGAUUUGCCUCCAAUCAAGAGAAUGCAUCAGAUGAUUAAGAGAAUGUUGAAGAAGAAGAUCCAUCCGGAUAUAGAUGCGACUAAGGGUUUUAAGAAAGACGUCCCUCCAUACAAGCCAACUCAAAAAUGUGAAGCUCUCGAGUCACGUUAUCUUCUUAACAUUCAAGAUUGCAUGGCCUAGAAGGCUUAGAGCGAUGUCGUACAAGAGCAAUCGUCAUUGGAUCCAUUGGUUUUCUAUAUUAUAUGUGAUUUUGUUUUUUGUUAUUUCAGAAUGUGUUUGGUAUAUUGUUAAGAUUGUUAAGUAGUAUGCUUUUUAUGCUGUUUUAUUACAAACAAUUACUAAGUUGCUAUUAUUGUUCAAUUUCAAUAUGCAUAUUUUGUUUUUGUAA